CUGAGCCAGGUGCCGCUGCCCGUGAUGCUGCUGCCGGACGACUUCAAAGCCAGCUCCAAAAUCAAGGUCAACAAUCACCUGUUCAACAGGGAGAACCUGCCCAGCCACUUCAAGUUCAAGGAAUACUGUCCCCAGGUGUUCCGCAACCUGCGCGAGCGCUUCGGCGUCGACGACCAGGACUACCAGGUGUCCCUGGCACGGAGCCCCCCGCGCUGGGCGGGCAGCGGCCGCCGCCUGCUGCUCUCGGCCGACCGCACGCUGGUGCUGAAGGAGCUGUCGAGCGAGGACGUGGCCGACGUGCACGGGCUGCUGUCCCACUACCACCAGUUCGUGGUGCAGUGCCACGGGCAGACGCUGCUGCCGCGGUUCCUGGGCAUGUACCGCGUGAGCGUGGACAGCGAGGACACGUACCUGCUGGUCAUGAGGAACCUCUUCAGCCACCGCCUGCCCGUGCACAGGAAGUACGACCUGAAGGGCUCCCUGGUGGACCGAGAGGCCAGUGACAAGGAGAAGGGCAAGGAGCUGCCCACGCUGAAGGACGUGGAUUUCCUCAACAAGAACGAGAAGGUGUUCGUGGAGGAGGAGCAGCAGCGCGAGUUCAUGGACAAGCUCAAGAGGGACGUGGAGUUCCUGGUGCAGCAGAAGCUGAUGGACUACAGCCUGCUCCUGGGCAUCCACGAGGUGGGCCGGGGCGAGCAGGAGGAGGAGGAGGAGCUGGAGGAAGAGGAGCCCGGGGGCGGGGGCGAUGACGGGGGGCUGGGGGGCCCCUACGGCACCUCCCCGGAGGGUCUCGGGGGGCUCCUCAACUCCUACCGGCCCCUGGGGCCCGGCGAGUUCGACCCCGGCGUGGACGUGUACGCCCUGCGCGGGGCCGAGGGAGCCCCCCGGCGCGAGGUUUAUUUCAUGGGGCUCAUCGACGUCCUCACCCAGUACGACGCCCGCAAGAAGGCGGCGCACGCGGCCAAGACCGUCAAACACGGGGCCACGCCCCCGCCGCUCUGGCCACGCCCCCAGACGCGUCGCCCCCGUUGCCAUGGCUACAACCCGCCCCCUGUUGCCAUGGUGAUGCUCCGCCCCCGAUGCAAUGGCGGCCCCGCCCCCGUUGCCAUGGCCCCGCCCCCGUUGCCAUGGCGACGCUCCCCCGUUGCAAUGGCGGCUCCGCCCCUGUUGCCAUGA